ACCACACCAUUUACCUGGAAGGAAUAACUGUAGACAUGUCGAAAUUUAAUACAGUGGAACGUGAACUUAUGUUCCGUAACCCUUCCGACUCAAAGUUCGGCACACCCUCUUUACAGGAAGUCGUUGCACCCCAUAUUGAAGCUUUCAACAGUAUCAGUGAAUUCGGUGGAGAAGGUCAACAGGGUUUAUUGGAUUAUGCUGUUGCAGAUAUUGGAAGUUUCUCUGUGUUUGAUAAUGCAUCGACUGACGUUAAUGUUGAUCCUACCGGCCAAACACUUGGUAACAAACUUACCUUUUGGCUCGAAGACGUCAAAUUAAACCAACCCAUGGUCAACGAACGUGAUACACUUACCUUACGUCGUCGUAUUUAUCCUUCUGAAUGUCGUGAGCGUCUCAACACUUAUCGUGGUAAAUUACAAGGCAAGCUUUGCUGGCGUGUGAACGGGGGUCCUGUCCAGUCCGACAUGCGUGAUCUUGGUCUUGUCCCCGUCAUGGUUCGAUCCAAUCGUUGUAAUUUAAACGGAAUGUACCCUAAACAACUCGUUGCUCACCAUGAAGAGUCUGAGGAAAUGGGUGGUUAUUUUGUUGUAAACGGUAUCGAGAAAUUAGUGCGUCUUUUGAUUGUACCCCGUCGUAACCAUGUCACUGCUAUUAUCCGUAAUUCCUUCCAAAACCGUGGCCCAACCUACUCUACUUAUGGUUGUGCUAUUCGUUGUGCUCGUCGUGAUCAAACCACUUUAACCAAUACCAUUCAUUAUUUGAACGAUGGUAAUGUCAUGUUCCGUUUCGCCUGGCGUAAGCAGGAAUAUCUUUUGCCUGCCAUGUUGGUUUUCAAUGCAUUAUGUUCAGCAUCAGAUAAAGAGAUUUUCGAAGCACUCUGUCAAGGUGACCGUCAAAACACCUUUUUGACUGAUCGUAUCGAAUUAUUGUUAAGAUCCUUCAAGAUCUAUGCUCUUUAUACUCAAGAUCAAUGUUUGAGCUAUAUUGGUGAAAAGUUCAGAGUCACAAUGGGUUUGGAUGAGGAUUUAACUGAUAAGGAAAUUGGUCAAGCUCUCUUGAAGAAGCUUGUCUUUGUUCAUAUGGAUGAUAACCGUGAUAAAUUCAACCUUUUAGCUUUCAUGAUUCGCAAGCUUUACUCACUUGUUUCUGGUGAGUGUGGUGCUGAUAACCCAGAUGCUCCUCAACAUCAAGAAGUUCUUUUAGGUGGUCAUCUUUAUACCAUGAUUAUGAAGGAAAAGAUUCAUGACUGGCUUACCGGUGUUAAAAUGCAAAUCCGUAAUGAUAUCAGAUUAAACCCUGCCAAGGUCGAUUUCUUUAACAACACUUAUUUCCAAAAUGCUUAUCGUAAGGUCAACAGUGAUGUUGGUAUCAAGAUGUCUUAUUUCCUCGCUACUGGUAACCUUGUCAGUAAGACUGGUUUGGAUCUUCAACAGUUCUCUGGUUUCACCAUUGUUGCUGAAAAAUUGAAUUUCUUCCGUUAUUUGGCACAUUUCCGUUGUAUCCAUCGUGGUGCUUUCUUUGCUGAAUUGAAAACCACUAGUGUUCGUAAGUUAUUACCUGAAGGUUGGGGUUUCCUUUGUCCUGUCCAUACUCCUGAUGGUUCUCCUUGUGGUCUUUUGAACCAUUUGGCUCAUAAAUGUAAGGUUAUUAACGAGCCUUUGAAUGUUAAGUCUAUUCCUCGCUUGCUCGCUGCUCUCGGUGUAUCUCAAAGUUUCCUUCACUCUAUUAACAGACCCGGAGAUGUUGUUGUCAUGUUGGAUGGUAAGAUUAUUGGUUGGUGUACCCCUGCCACUGCUGCCAAGGCUGCUCAAAGUUUAAAGAUUUGGAGAGUCAACGGAGAACAAGGUGUUCCUCUUGAUUUGGAAAUCGCACUCGUUCCCAACUCUUAUGGUGGUGAAUAUCCUGGUCUUUAUUUAUUCGCCAGUCCCGCUCGUAUGAUGCGUCCCGUCAAGUUCCUUGGUAACGGCAAGACUGAUAUGAUUGGUACUUUUGAACAAGUUUAUAUGGAUAUCGCUUGUAUGGAUGACGAAGUUGUUCCUGGUGUCACCUCUCAUCAAGAAUUCACACCCACCAACAUUCUUUCAAUUAUUGCUAAUCAAACACCUUUCUCUGAUUUCAAUCAAUCUCCUCGUAACAUGUACCAAUGUCAAAUGGGUAAGCAAACUAUGGGUACACCCAGUACUGUCAUGAACCAUCGUACAGAUAACAAGAUGUAUCGUAUUCAAAACGGUCAAACACCUGUUGUCAGAACUGCACUUUAUAGUCAUUAUGGUAUGGAUGGCUGGCCACAAGGUAAUAAUGCCAUUGUUGCUGUUAUUUCAUACACUGGUUACGAUAUGGAGGAUGCUAUGAUCUUGAACAAAUCUGCUCAUGACCGUGGUUUCGGUUAUGGUACUGUUUACAAGGCUGAAAUUGUAGAUUUGAAUCAAUACCGUGCCCGUGGAGAGCCUGUCACUUACAGAUUUGGUUUGGAUCCUGUCAAGGGAAAGAAAUAUCGUAACAAAAUUGGAGAUGAUGGUUUACCUCAUAUCGGUGCACAUUUGGUUGCCGACGAUCCUCUUUGUUCUUACAUUGAUGAGUCUACUGGUAAAAACGUCAUUAAGAAGUAUAAGGGUCCUGAAGACGCCUAUGUGGAUGAAGUCCGUAUUUUAGGUGAUGAUAGCGGUAAUGGUGAAUUGCAAAAGGUGCAUAUUAAAUUACGUAUCACUCGUUCUCCUGUGAUUGGUGAUAAGUUCUCUUCUCGUCACGGUCAAAAGGGUGUUUGUUCUCAAAAAUAUCCUGCUGUUGAUAUGCCAUUUACUGAAUCUGGUAUGCAACCUGAUGUCAUCAUUAAUCCUCAUGCUUUCCCAUCUCGUAUGACUAUUGGUAUGUUUGUCGAAAGUAUCGCUGGUAAAGCAGGUGCCCUUCAUGGUAUCGCUCAAGAUAGUACACCUUUCAAAUUUAACGAAGAAAAUACUGCUGCCGAUUACUUCGGUGAACAAUUAUUAAGUGCUGGUUAUAAUUACCAUGGUAAUGAAGCCAUGUAUUCUGGUAUUACUGGUGAAGAGAUGAAGAUGGAUAUUUAUAUUGGUGUUGUUUAUUAUCAACGUCUCAGACAUAUGGUUAACGAUAAGUUCCAGGUCCGUACAACAGGUCCUGUUCAUAACCUUACUAUGCAACCUGUUAAGGGUCGUAAGAGACAUGGUGGUAUUCGUUUCGGUGAGAUGGAACGUGAUUCAUUGCUUGCUCACGGUACCAGUUACUUGCUUCAAGAUCGUCUUAUGAACUGUUCAGAUUACUCACAGGCAUAUGUCUGCCGUCUUUGUGGUUCAUUGGCAUCCCCUAUCUGUACAAAGAUUGUUUCCACCUUGGGUAACCGUCGUACUUAUGAGUGUAGAACUUGUGCUACAUCAAAGGGUAUUGAUUUGAUUGCCAUUCCUUAUGUAUUCAGAUAUCUUACUACUGAAUUAAUGAGUAUGGGCAUUAAAUUAAAUUUAGGUAUUAAGCCUUAAAUUUAUUUCAUUACUUUUAUUUUCAUUUUUAAUUAUACUUUCUCGCACACACACACACUCUCUCAAUUUUUUCUCUUUCACACUUUAUUUUGUAUACAUAAAAAAACCCAUUUUUAGAUCCCAUACACCCUUUGAUACAAAAGC